ACGUGAUAUGUUGAUGAUUAGUUAAAAUAUAUAUGAAUGUUUUAGAAACGUACAUAUAAGUGAAAGAGUGAAGUCUAAUCCCGACAACCUUUUCUCUCUGAAUCUUUAAUCACAUUUUUAUUUGCAUUUAUAUGCUUUUGCAAGUUUUUACAACAAAACAAACUUUAAAUACUUCACUUAAAAUUAUGGUAAUUGUUGAACGGUUUUUAAUAUCACACUAGUCCCUGUGGAGACGAUAAUUCUAAAACUUACUUUUGUACUUUCAACAAAAUGGCGCCGUUGCCGGGGACUGGGGUUUAGAUAUUGGAGCAUUGCAACAAUUUAUAUUCUUUUAAGUAUUUGUAUAUAUUUGUUUAUAUUGUAUAGUUUUUGCUUGUACUAAUCCUCUUUGCUAGUCAAAGAAAGUUGUUUUUCUUGUUUGUUGAAUCCUUUUUCAGAUUCCCCAUUAAAAGUAAAACCAUGACUGAUCGUGGGUAUUACAACUUCUAUACUCCGGGUGAGUAUGAAUCAUAUCAACAGUUUCCUCCUUAUAAUUAUGGGCAAACUUCAGAGGCUAGAUUGGAGGAGACCAUGAUUAAAUUCAUGGAAAUGCAACAGCAACAAAAUGAACAAAUGCAACAGAUGCAAGACCAGCACCAACAAUAUCUGAAAAACAGUCUUGCACGAGCCAAAAAUUUGGAAAAUCAGCUUGUUCAGUUGACUAAACAGUUAGCCAAUAACAAUUACCAAGGAGGAACAUUUCAAACCAACACACAAACCACUCCUGACGAGAAAGAUAAUAAUCCAAUGAAAAAUGAGGAAAGUGGAGAGAGUGUGAAAGAUGUUGAAAACAAUGAGGAAGAAAGAAUGUGUGAUGGAUGUGGUGUAGAGAAAAUAGUGGAAGAAAUAGAGACACCAAAAGAAGUAGAACUUCCUCAAGAGUCACCAUGUAUUGAGAAUAUUAGCACUAUUGAUAAUGAAGAAGUGAUGAUGGCUGCAGAAGAAAUUGAGGGAUUACUUGACAAGGAAAUAUCAAUUGAGCAAAAGAGGGAGAUGGAGAACCAGGCGUUGAUUGAUCGGGUAAUAGACGAAAUUUGUGCCUUGUUCAACAAAAAAGAAUUGGGGAGGAUAUGGACUCCACAACAUCUAUAUCUAAAGUUCAUGGAGUUCCUCCCUAACCGAAGGAAAAAGACGGAUGAUGUUCUUUCCGUUUCGUUUUGGCCACCCUAACAUCUCAGGCGUCGAGCUACCGACGUUAAUCAAGCGCUUGUUGGGAGGCAACCCAAUUUUCUAUCUUUACCAUUUAAUUUUUGCAAUUUAUCAUUUUAGUUUAUUUAAGCAUGUUUUGAAAGGUUGCUGGUAAGCCAAAACUGAACCUCUGGUGUGAAAUUUUAAAUUGUUUUGCUUUUCCUGUAAUUCUUGCUAAGCCAGUUCAGCAGCUCAGUUUUUCUGUCACAUUUCGCUAAGCGAAAUUAUUUUCGCUAAGCCAAAGAUGCCAAUCCUGUUUGUUUUAAAAUAGAACAAUCUCACUCAUCCACUUUUCCUUAUCUCUGUCCCUGCGUUUUUCUCAAGUCUCAGACCCAAAAGUUCUUUAUCCUUCCAUCUUUUGUAUCACUACACCUCACAAAAAUUUCUCUCCAUCUCAUUGAUACUCAACUUUCAACCAUGAAAAAGCUUAAAUUUUUCCCAUUCAUCUCCAACAUAUUUUUGUUCUUCACUGUGCAUCUUAAUUCCAAGAGAAAAGUUCUGUCAGUUACAAUUGUUUCAGAUAUGACACUUAGAGAAAAACUCAAGAAGCUGCACAAAUGGCAUGGCCUAUGGAAAGGCCAUUUUACUCGGAGGAGGUGAGAAGCUGCUGUUGGUACCAAGGAAGUGAAGAAGAUCCAGACAACUGACAAGAGAAAGAUAGACCGAGAAAGCUCUCCAAAACUCUGUGAAGUUUAUUUUAAAUAGCUUUCGGUUAAAUUUAUGCUUUAUCUUAAUUUAUAUUUCUCUUGUGGUUUGAACAACAUGUUGAUGGUUGAUUGAAAAAAUGGUUCGAAUUUUUGAAAUUUUGAAUACCAUGUGCAGAUGAAUUGAAAAGUUUAGGUUUGUGAUUAAUCAAAUUCAAAUGCGUGAUUAGAAUAAUUUUUUUUUAAUUGCAUUGUUUGAGGUCAAAAUUUUGUGAUUAUCUUUGAAUGAUAGGAUGAAUUUGAACCAAGUAGCUUUAUUCAAUUUGAUUUCAUCCAUUCCUUCUUAACAUGAUUAAUUGAUUUUGAAUCACGUAGACCUAGCCGGGUGAGAUUGUGUGAACCUUCCAUUGUUUAUAUAUUUGAGAGCCGGCAAUUGUGUUUAACUCUGUUGAUUUUAACUGAAUCUUGCUAUUACUUGAUGUGUUUGAAGUCAUGGAAAUGAUCAAGGCCAUGUUUCUUUUUGAGUGAUAACUACUUAAGCCAAAAUAACCUACCUUGUGAGUUGUGUGAUCCUUUGCUACCCCCCUUGAGCCAAAAAUUUUGAAAAUUUGUUUGUUUUGAACCUUGAACCACAAUAAAGAAAAACAAUGACUUGACCCUUGUCUUAGGAUGAUUGAGCAUUAAGUUUAAGUAGGGUUGAAAACAAGUUGGGGAGAAAAGAGGUUAUUUGUUUGAAAAAAAAAGAAAAAAGAAGUAGUUGAAAAACAUGAGAUGUUGAAGAUGGUGAUUGAAAAAGAAAAAAAGAAAAAGAAAAAUAUUGAAAGUCAUUUGACACACAAAUGAAAAUCAAAGAAAAUGUGUUACAAAAAAAAAAAAAAAGAAUAUAAAUUGUGUCAAAACAAAAGAAUUACCAAAAGAAAGAAAAAUGGGGAAAGUGAAAGAGGAUAAAUAGCUUAUGUGAUGAAAUUCUCAAGAAUUAUGCUCUCUUAUCCUUAAGGCUUUUUGAAUCCAAAGAGAAACAAUGAUUUCUUGUAGCCUAGCCCCAUUACAAGCUUAAGAAAGACCUUAGUGAUCCAUGAUUGAUAGCAUGUUUGUGAUUAUGAUGAGAUGUAUGUUUGAAUUGAUUUGUUGUGAACACAUUGUUUGGAUUGAGAGAAACACUACACCCUUGAGAUGAAACACUUGUGAGUAUUGUGAUUCUAGUUGAUUAUCUUGUUGAUUUGGAAAGAUUGAAAUCUUACUUGAAUUUUGAAACUAUUUCACAUUCAUGCUUUGAUUCUUUGGUGACUAUGAAGGUUUGAUUUUGAACUUGCAAUACAUUGAAUCAUGCAAACUUGAAAUGAUUGAAAUCCAAAGUUUUUGAUUGAUCAUAAAUCUUGAUUGAAUCAUGCACGGAUGAGGUUUGAACCAUAUUUUGAGAGUUUAUUUUGGACUUUUGUUUGAGGACAAACAAAGUUCUAAGUUGGGGAGAGUUGAUAAGUGCCAAAAAGUAGUUAAAUAUCUUACUCAAUUAAGGCAAUUAUCGACUGAUUUUCAAAGAUAUUUAUAAUUAAAACCCCAAAACUUUGUACAUUUUAACUAAAGAUAUUUUUAUAUCCUAAUCCUAACUUUUUAAGCUUGCAUGAUCAAAAGAGGAGAAAAAUUAAUUCUUUUUCCAAGAGACUGGUGGUUGAGCGACCAGGUGGUGGCUGAGCGACCAAUUUAAAGAAAAUCUUGGAAAACAAGCAAAGAAUUCUACACGUGUCAAAUAACUCCUUCACCAAGCCAAAAUGGUGGCUGAGCGACCAGGUGGUGGCUGAGCGACCAAUUUAAAGAAAAUCUUGGGCAUCAAGCUUCAACUUUUAUACGUGUCAGAAAGCCCCUUCACCAAGGCAAGGUGGUGGCUGAGCGACCAGGUGGUGGCUGAGCGACCAAUUGAUGCCUAUAAAUAGCAAUUCACUCUUACAACAAAACAAAGGAAUUCGGAGAGUUCAAAGACAGAGCAAUUAAAUUAGAAUUAAGCUUAGGUCAUAGGCAAGAGAAGGUGGAUCCAUCCAACUUGAGAUAUCAAGGGAUUGAUGUGCACUCUUUGUUCCUCUUUCCACAUUUGUAAGUUUACCACCAUGACAAUGAGUGGCUAAAUCUUUUGUUGUUGGGAUUAGGUGUAGCUCAUUCAUAAAUAUGUACAACUCUUAAUCAUGUUAUAUAUGUUUUAAUUUAUCAUCAACUUAGUGUUAUCUUUGAUUUGCAUGUUUAUCUUUAAGAUUUGAAUUGUUAUAGACAUAUUUCACUUUGAAUCAAAUGGAAAAGAUAAUCACUUAUUAAAAAUCCUAAAACUCUAGACAUAGAUUUAGGUUUUUAAUAUUCACUUUUGUAUUGAAACUUAAUGCUGUUGUGUUAUUCAAAUGUUUCGAGACAUCGGAGUUUAAAUAAUACAAUUUAGCCGUUAUAUUAAUUAUUCAAUCGAGACAUCGAGGAUUAAUAAGUAUAACGUGAUUCUUGUCGUUAUCUGGACACAGAAACGUCCGUGAGCAAUACGUGAUAUGUUGAUGAUUAGUUAAAAUAUAUAUAUGAAUGUUUUAGAAACGUACAUAUAAGUGAAAGAGUGAAGUCUAAUCCCGACAACCUUUUCUCUCUGAAUCUUUAAUCACAUUUUUAUUUACAUUUAUAUGCUUUUGCAAGUUUUUACAACAAAACAAACUUUAAAUACUUCACUUAAAAUUAUGGUAAUUGUUGAACGGUUUUUAAUAUCACACUAGUCCCUGUGGAGACGAUAAUUCUAAAACUUACUUUUGUACUUUCAACAAAAUGGCGCCGUUGCCGGGGAAGUGAAGAAGAUCCAGACAACUGACAAGAGAAAGAUAGACCGAGAAAGCUCUCCAAAACUCUGUGAAGUUUAUUUUAAAUAGCUUUCGGUUAAAUUUAUGCUUUAUCUUAAUUUAUAUUUCUCUUGUGGUUUGAACAACAUGUUGAUGGUUGAUUGAAAAAAUGGUUCAAAUUUUUGAAAUUUUGAAUACCAUGUGCAGAUGAAUUGAAAAGUUUAGGUUUGUGAUUAAUCAAAUUCAAAUGCGUGAUUAGAAUAAUUUUUUUUUAAUUGCAUUGUUUGAGGUCAAAAUUUUGUGAUUAUCUUUGAAUGAUAGGAUGAAUUUGAACCAAGUAGCUUUAUUCAAUUUGAUUUCAUCCAUUCCUUCUUAACAUGAUUAAUUGAUUUUGAAUCACGUAGACCUAGCCGGGUGAGAUUGUGUGAACCUUCCAUUGUUUAUAUAUUUGAGAGCCGGCAAUUGUGUUUAACUCUGUUGAUUUUAACUGAAUCUUGCUAUUACUUGAUGUGUUUGAAGUCAUGGAAAUGAUCAAGGCCAUGUUUCUUUUUGAGUGAUAACUACUUAAGCCAAAAUAACCUACCUUGUGAGUUGUGUGAUCCUUUGCUACCCCCCUUGAGCCAAAAAUUUUGAAAAUUUGUUUGUUUUGAACCUUGAACCACAAUAAAGAAAAACAAUGACUUGACCCUUGUCUUAGGAUGAUUGAGCAUUAAGUUUAAGUAGGGUUGAAAACAAGUUGGGGAGAAAAGAGGUUAUUUGUUUGAAAAAAAAAGAAAAAAGAAGUAGUUGAAAAACAUGAGAUGUUGAAGAUGGUGAUUGAAAAAGAAAAAAAGAAAAAGAAAAAUAUUGAAAGUCAUUUGACACACAAAUGAAAAUCAAAGAAAAUGUGUUA